AUGCGUUUCAUUCCAGUCCUUGCGACUGCCCUGCUCGCCGCUUCCAAUGUAGUGGGAGCUUCACCGGCAGCUGCAUCGUCCAGUGUCCCGGUUGCUGAGAAUACUGUCGCUGCGGCAGACACGGCAUCUAACGCUGCCUCGACUGCCAAUACCAACGCCAAAGCGGCCUCUCAACAGAACGCAGCUGCAGCCGCCGCCACGAGCCAGGCUGCCAGCAGCAAUGAGGAGAACACCAAUGCUGCCACGACCCAGGCUGCCUCUGCGGAUACCAUUGCCAACAUUGUGAACACCGUUCUUGGCAACACCGCUAGCAACACCGCCGCUGCAGCCGUCUCGACGGCGUCCUCCGCAGACACCAGCUCAUCUACCGCGUCCAGCACCACCUCGGAUAGUAGCUCCUCAAGCACUAAUUCCGAUCUGGAGAGCAAGGUCAACAGUAUCUUGUCGAGCCUGAGCGGGGACAGCAGCAGCACCAGUCUGACGAGUAUUCUCGGUGACCUUGGUAGUCUCCUGAAGGGUAUUACCGGUCUUCUCGACCCCAGCCUGCUUUCUGAGAUUGAGGAUACUUUCAAGUAUCUUUCCGGCAGCUUGGCCCCGCCUGUGUACACCAAUAUUCGUGUCCUUCUCAGUAAUGAAAACACCCAGGCAAUUGGCAAUCUGAUCACCAACGCCAAUACCCUCCUGACCAAGAAGAACACCGACACAUUAAGCAACAUUUUGUCCAAGGCAGAUGCUCUCCUGAGUGACAACAACCUCAACAACCUCCAGAAGUUGCUGAACAACAUGGACAAGGUCAACGACUUGGUUGUCAACGCGGACGCCUUGCUCUCCAAGGACAAUGUCAACUCAAUUGAGACCCUCGUUUCGAACGGUAACUCUUUGCUCACCAAGGACUUUGUGACAAAGACGAACGGUCUCAUUAAUAGUGCUGCCAAUCUGCUUACCACGGAGGUCAGCAACGCGCUCAAGCAGCUGCUUAACGCUGUGGUUCCUCUGCUGCCUGAGCUCAAGGGCUUCCUCACCAAGGACACCUUCGAUGCUCUGACCAACCUGCUCACCAACGGCAAUGCGCUGCUUACCAAGUCCUUCAUUGCUAAGACCAACAGUCUCAUUGAUGGUGCUUCGGCGCUCCUCACCACGGACGUGAGCAACGCGCUCAAGCAGCUGCUUAACGCUGUUGUUCCUCUGCUACCUGAGCUCAAGGGCUUCCUUACCAAGGAUACCUUCGAUGCUCUGACCAACCUGCUUACGAAUGGCAAUGCGCUCCUCACGAAGUCCUUCAUUGCUAAGACCAACAGUCUUAUUGAUGGUGCUUCAGCGCUCCUCACCACGGAUGUGAGCAACGCGCUCAAGCAGCUCCUCAAUGCCGUCGUUCCUCUGCUUCCUGAGCUCAAGGGCUUCCUCACCAAGGAUACGUUCGACGCUCUGACCAACCUGCUUACCAACGGCAACGCGCUGCUCACCAAGUCCUUUAUUGCUAAGACGAACAGUCUUAUUGAUGGUGCUUCAGCGCUCCUCACCACGGACGUGAGCAACGCGCUCAAGCAGCUCCUCAAUGCUGUCGUUCCUCUGCUUCCUGAGCUCAAGGGCUUCCUCACCAAGGAUACGUUCGACGCUCUGACCAACCUGCUUACCAACGGCAACGCGCUGCUCACCAAGUCCUUUAUUGCUAAGACGAACAGUCUUAUUGAUGGUGCUUCAGCGCUCCUCACCACGGACGUGAGCAACGCGCUCAAGCAGCUCCUCAAUGCCGUCGUCCCUCUGCUUCCCGAGCUUAAGGGCUUCCUCACAAAGGCCACGUUUGAUGAGCUGGAGAAUCUCCUCGCCAGCGGUAGCGAUCUCCUCACUCCCGAGUUUGCUAACCAAACCAAGAGUCUGGUCGCCAAUGCCGACGAACUGCUUACUCCUGAGCUUGUCACUGGCCUGAAGUCGAUCCUGUCCGAGGUGACGCCAUUGCUGCCCGAGAUCAAGGGCCUCCUGACCAAGUCUACGAUCGAAGCUAUUGCUUCUCUCUUGAGUAACGCCAAUGCGCUCCUCACUGCUGACUCCGUCAAGGAGAUUGCCUCUCUGCUGACGAAUGCCAACGAUCUUUUGGAUCCCAAGUUCGUGAACGAGACCCGCGGAUUGAUCGAUGGCGCGGACGAUCUGCUCUCGCCAUAUGUUCUGGGCGGUCUGUCCGAGCUGCUCAACGGUCUUGUGCCUGUGGUGCCAGAUAUCAAGAAGGACUUCUUGAACCACACCACGCUCACGAACUUGACCUAUCUCCUCGGCAAUGGCACAGCAUUGUUGACCCCUACGUUCGUGGCAGGCACAAGUGAUCUGAUCACCGAGGCCGGCGACCUGUUGACGCCCGACAUGGUCAAGAACCUGAAGGGUCUGCUGACCAACCUGGAAGACUCGAUGCCGGAGAUCAAGACUCUGCUUGAGCCCGACUCUAUCAAGAAGAUCUCGACUCUCCUGACGAACGCAGAGGACCUAUUGUCUGCCAAGUUUGUCAAUGAGACUUCCACUCUGAUUAAUGACGUCUCAGGCUUCAUGCCGCUCAUCGAGGGCAUUCUCCAAUCGCUGUAG